AGGUGAUGGAGCGUGCUAUGUUGCCAUAGCAGCGAUGCCGGCUGUUGGUAACGCACAACGCGGUGGUUCGGGCCGGGAGGAUGCGGUGAUGCUGCGGGAAUGAAUGAAUGGCAGCUACGGGAAUGAAUGGAAGCUGCGGCAGCUCCCGGCCGGCUGGAGUAACGCGUGUGGUUCCCAACGGCAAAAUCUAUCGGCAGCUCUUCGAGGAUGAGGCUCGCUGUGCACGAUCGCUGGGGGCAGCACGGAGUGGGCGGCUCAGUCUGCACGAGGAGCCGGGCAGCGCGGCUGGGGUGGAACGGUGGCCGUGCAAUGGGAAGGUGGGCACUGCUGGAGCAACGCUGCUGCGGGGCAGGGAAGCUACAGCAUCUCAGGCAUCCUGGAGAAGUAAAGAUGUGACUGCAGCUGAGGAAGUCAGAGCCCUACCUGACCUUGUUGAGGUUCCAGAGGAAAGGAGGCGCAAUAUCUUAGAGCUCGUGUUAGAACGCCGGCGAGGCCACCAUGAUGCAGCACUGACCUCAAUGCACCGUGAGCUCUCUUGUGUUGCCAGGGAAAUCGAGCCCUUUGUUUUGGAACCUGGAAAACUGCUUUUGUCCAAACUGAUGGAAUCUGAUAGGAAAACAUGGGUUCUUCUUGUAAAGAUAGAGCUCGACGCCACUCUGGAAGGCUUCUCAAUUGAAAUUGAGAGUAAAUCCUUCUGGCAGGAUUUGGAACAAAUGUGGACAACCAUCCAGCAGGAAUCCAUGACCAGAAGGGAGUGGAUUUGGGAAUGGGAUGAAACCUUAAAGGAGGUGGAACGGAGCCGAACUGACAAAAUAACAGACGUGCUGAGAAAGUAUGCUGCAAAGCUGGAGGACAUUUCCUUCUUCUUGUCAGCUGACGUUCACAAGCUCAUUAAUGAUGAGGCCAUGAUGAUUAACAAAGUGCUGCUGGCAAAUCAGAGGGCAAUAGCCAACGUGUUCUUUAAUCUGAUGAAAUCAGAGAUGAGAAGGGAAUUAUUGCUUCAACUGAAGUGGCAGGAUAAAGUCCAUGUCUGGAGGCUCAUCCAAAAGAACUGCAUCAUCCGGAGCUUCAGAGAAUUUAUGGCAAAGGAAGAAAUACAGGAUCCCCAAACAGUGAAAAUGGAAAAGGAAAAUAUGAUGAAUGGUCAAAUUCUGCUUAAUGAACAGAGGCUGGAGCUGCUGCAGCGUCUUAUCGGUCUGCUGCCUGCAAUGAACACACAAGCUGAGCUUGAUGAGUGGUACAACGCCUUGGUGGAUUUAAACAGAAGUAUAGAUGCCCACAAUAUGCAGUGUACAGUGAAGAUUCGUGCCCAGUAUGAGAGUGUCCAGCAAAGAUGUUUGGAAGAAGUACAGCUGUGCAAGAAUAAGCUGUUGAAUCUGAGAGUAUGCACACAAAAAGAGGCUGAAGUGGAGGCUUCUUUCCUGCUUCUUUUGACUGAGAAACUGCGAUGCCGCUUUGAAGAAGAACUGGAGCAUAUGGUUAGAGGCUUUGAAGAGGUGGCUAAGCGUAAUGAACAGAACUGCAGAGACCUGUAUGGCUACUGUCAGGAGGCCAAUGCUCUCUGGGACAUCCAUCGGCUCAAACUGUCCCAGCAGGAUGAUGAACUGCAGAAGAAAUUAAACGAAUGCAGAUGGAAACAGGGUAAAUCCCUUCAGAUGAUGGAAACCAAGCUGGAUAUCCUUUUGUAUAAAGUGAGAACAGCGAGCUCUGAGAAAAAGCUGAAGUCAUCUUUGGAAAGUGCCCUUUCUUCUUUGGAUGGCAUCAGAGCUGGGCAUGAAGCAUCCAACAAAGUUCUCGUGGAAAAUGUCAUGAAUUACCCAGAAGCCAUUUUGCAGGAACUGAUUUCUUACAGUGAAUCCCUCAGCCAGUAUUUUAAUGUAAAAGAAAUCUUCAAACAGAACUUGGAAGGAAAGACAGACUUCACAUCUCCAGGUCAAGGUGAGGUUUUGGAUGCUGAAAAUCAGGGGGAACAGCAAACUGAAAGCAAUGUGCAGGAAGAUGAAGAAAAGCAGAAGGCUGAGAGCUGUCAACAACAGGAGGAAGGAACAAAUAUUCCUGAGAACGAGGAGACCUUUGCACAGGAAAGUGAAGAAGGGGAGGAACAAGAAGACAAGAGUAGUUUUAAAGGGAGCGAUGAACCAGGAGACACAGAACGGAGGAUGAGCUUUUCACAAGAUACGUGCACCAGCAGCAAGGUGGAAAUGUCUGAACUCCCUGCUGAGAUCUUUACCACUUCCAGUGGAAACACCUACACUGUAAUUAGAGCUGAAGAGGCAGAGGAGCCUGAUGUCCCAGAGACACUUCUUACAAGCUAUGAUGGAAAAGGAUCACUUCCUACAUACUUGGAACAUGCACUUAUCAAAGAAACGGUGUUUGUGGAGCUGAAGAAAAGGGUUCGCCUCUGCUUUUUUGAGCACUUGGAGAAGUGGUUUGCAGAGUCCUUAUCCAACUCAUGGGCCGCUGUAAGCACCAAGGAAGAGGAGCUGAGUUCCGAACUUCAGCAGCGUCUUCUCUCGUGUGAAAUGAGGAGAGAGAAUAUAGAGACAAACAUCUACCAUGUUAGAGCUGCUGAACUCUUACUUCAUGAAAAGCACCUGGAGUGCCACUGCAAUGAAGUGGAAGAAGCUCUGAAGAAGGAGAGGGCUGAAUUCCUCCAAUUUUGUGAUCAGCAAAACGACAGCAUCCAAAACUUGGACUCUCAGCUCCGUGACAUGGAAUCAGCAUUUCUCAGGGCUCCCAUGACUGAGAGCAGCACAUGCCCAGAUCUCCUUCAUUACUUGGAUGUCAUCCGAGUUUCCCUGGGGAGCUAUCGGAACUAUCUGAAGGAAUCUUUGGGAAAAUUAAGAGAUUCAAAUGUGGAUUUUCUCAGAGGCUGCAGGUUAUUUGUGGAGGGAGGCAAUUUUUCUUCUGAGGAGGUGCAGCCUUUCACUAAGCGUCUUCAGACAGAAAGCAAAAUUAUUGACUCUUUUGAGAAGUCAAUUAUGGCUGAUAUGGGGAAAAUGGAAUCGAGAUGCUUGGCGCAGGCUACUGAAGUUAUCAACCAGGCUGAAACAAGGCUCCGUUGUCUCUUUAUGAAUCGAGACUUUAUGGAGAAGAUCCAACGGCUUCUGACAAGUCUACGGAUACAAAUCAAAUCUGAGGUAGCAAAUUCCAAUUCGCAGGCAGCAGCAUUAAAAUCCUGCCUGGAGAAGCUCCGUGCUUUUGCUCACCCUACAGCAGAUAAAGAAGCUUUGACUCCUGAAGAGUUGUUGGACUUUAUCAAAGUAGUGCUGAAAGAACUGAAGGCAAGGAGCCAGUACCUUGACUGCCUGCUAGUGAAUGCAACAAGACCAGAUGAUGACGAGCACUUUGCUCCUCCUGCAGCUGAGGCUACGUUACAAGGUUCCAUUGCUGCUGCCAUUCGAGGGGAGCACAAACUGGAGAUGAUGGGGCUGGAUCCUGACAGAUUUCCUUUGUUAAGUCCAAGCAGAAUUGGGAAAUCUGCAAUUGAAGAUCUAUCAGUAAGCUUUAUUAAAAACUUACUCGAUGUUCAGUCACCCAGGAGAAAAUCUUCAGACAGCGGUGAAUCACUGAGACCAGCAGCUCUUACCACGCAGAGGAAGGAUUCUCACUUAAGUGUAUCUGGUAAAGGUCAUCGGAAAUCUGUUUAUGAGCAAGCAGGUCAGAAAAGCAAAAAGCCAGCUGAUAAAAAAAAGGCAUCAAGAGUAAGCUUACGGAAACAAAGCAGAUCCAGUCUCAGUGAUGAGAGAUUCCAGAUAUUUGGGGAGAUGCCUCCUGAAGCAAAUACUUUUAAAGGGAUUAUUAUGAAUAUUCUCUGGACGGGUAAUAACAACUUGCUCUCUCUUGCUGAGGAGUUCUACCAGAAAGAGAAUAAUCAAAGCACAAUGCCUGAAGGUCUUCCAAAGACAUUUGAAUGUUGUGCAGAAAUACUCGGACAGAAUCUGCUGUCGUAUCGAAGUCAGACAGAUGAGUACUACAAUUCCUGCCUUAAAGAAUUUUGGGAUCAGCUGAAGUCAUUUGAAGAAGAACUCCCUUAUAUCUCCCAGUUGGCAGCUGAUGGUCUUUUAAAGGAACAUGAACAGAAGCUCAGCUACGCCACCAGUAACAUUCAGCACUCCUUCGAUCAGCAGCUGGAGGAUUGGAGGGAUGUGAAGGCUGCCCAUGAGAAUGAGUUAUGUCCCUCUCUGGGACAUCCAGACAACUUGCAGCAGCUGGAGGCUUUGUGCCAACGGAAAUCAAAAGAGCAAAAGGACCAUGUUGAUGCUAUUCACCUCCACACACAGAGGCUUCAGGACUGUGCUGCUGAGUGCACCCAGAACUUCGUUUCAGCUCUGGCUGCCUUCACAGAAAAGCUGCUGCUGGAGUUAGAUGAAAGCAUUACUAUUGGUGACAUACAAGCACCGAAAACUGAAACACCGAAGGAGAAGAAAUUCAAGUUAAUCCAUCAAAAACAAGCUGGUCCUUCUCUAGAGACCCAUGGAGCUGCACAGUUGGUUGAACGUGGGAGCAGGACCUGGCCAGGAAUACCCAUGACCACUCUUAUGGAUGAUUCAGACCGUGUUAUGGUCAGAGAAACUGCAUCAGUUACAACAGCAAAGACUACACUGGGCCACAUAGCAGCAGUAGAAGCAAGAGAUGCUGUAUAUAAGAAAUACAUACGUGAACUUGAGCAGCAGUUAACCCAGAUCAAGGAAGAAAUUACCUCUCAGCUGGUAAGAGUUCAGCAUUGGGAAAAUUGGUGGAAGAAAUCCAUCCAGAAAAUUAAGCAACUCUAUACAUGAGAUGAGUCAAAUCUUGCUCGGGUCCUUCUGUUGUACCAAUAAAUAUCAUCUUUAACGUAGGAAA